GUUUUUUUUUCUUCUUCUAGGAGCGCCCGAGUCGGCGCCCGCGAGCUCGCUGGGGGGGGGCAGGGCCGGGGGAUGUCGCUCCAGAGGCGCGACGCCCCCCAGCGCCUCACCCCGAGGAGAGGCGCGGCCGCACAGCCGGACCCCCUGGCAGCGGUCGCCGCCGCGCCGCCGAGCGCCCGGACGAGGUCCUGCCUGCAGCCCCGUGACCAGAUCCUGGUCCCCGAGCUGGCCGCCCUCCGUCGGGCCGAAGACUCGCUGAGGGCCGACCAGGAGAGGUUGCACAGCAAGUAUCGCUUCAUGCAGCCGAACCCCGUUUCGGCGCG